GUUUCGGUUUUGUCACGCCAUUGCUUCUUGUGCAGCGUACAUUACAGCGGCACAGUGUGCAUAUGAAAAAGCACCAUUCUCGUUCUGUACGAUCUUUUAGACCAUGAAACGCGGACUGUUCACCAUAAUCGGGGUCACAGCAGGGGCAGUCGGUGCGGUUGCAUUGGCCCCGCUGGCACUCACCAUGGCUGGAUUCACCUCUGCAGGUAUAGCAGCAAGUUCUUUGGCUGCCAGCAUGAUGUCAUCAGCAGCCAUUGCCAAUGGGGGUGGUGUGGCUGCAGGAAGUUUGGUCGCUCUCCUCCAGUCUGCAGGUGCUGCUGGACUGUCUGCUGGUUUGACAGCAGCCGUGGCAUCUGUUGGCGGAGCAGCAGGUGCUGUAAUAGGUGGAGCUGCAGAUUUGCUAUCUCAUUCCAAGGGUCAACCUUCACUUGAGAAUGAAGAUGAUGGAGAUGAAGAAGAGGAGGAGACAGAGAUGAUGAAUUUGCAAGAGGCCAAAGAGCUUAUGCCAAAAUAAGGGCCUCUGAUAUUAACUGAUAACAAUGCAUUUGUGUGAGCACUUUGUACGUACAUGCAC